AGCUUAUAUAAUACAGCUUAUAUAAUAACAGUCUGGGCUGUCUUGUGUCCUUUAGUGCAGAGAGCUGUAAGACUUGGCGGUUGGUUGUUGGAUUGAACUUGGCGCUCCUGGUGACUCUGACUAGGAGAAGGGUAGUGUGACGAUGACGAGGGAGCUCGAGGCCAGUUGCCAUGAAAGGGAACACCCUGGCAAAGGAUUACUACAUGCUGGGCACCCUAGAUGAAGGAUCCUUUGCAAAAGUCAAGGUGGCUAUCCACCUUACGACCCAGACCAUGGUGGCCAUCAAGAUAUUGAAAAGGGGCACAAAUACAGACUUCCUGGUCAUUUCUGAGAUCGAAAUCAUGAAGUCUCUAUAUCACCGUCAUAUAAUACAACUUCUACAAGUUUUUGAAACCAAGCACAAAACCUACCUGGUGAUGGAAUAUGCAUCCCGGGGAUCCCUACUGAGAUACAUCAAAAAGUGUGGGCAUUUGGGUGAGGAAGAAGCAAGUACCAUAUUUACGGAACUCUCUCUGGCUGUCAACUAUAUCCACAGUCAGAAUAUUGUCCACCGAGACAUCAAGGCAGAGAACAUCCUAUUGGAUUGGGAGGGGCAUGUGAAACUAACUGACUUUGGUUUAGGCAAAAGACUGGCCUCUGGGGAAAAGUUCAAGGGAUUUUGUGGCACAGCACAAUAUUGUGCUCCUGAAGUGUUUGAUCACACACAAUAUGAUGGCCUUCCAACUGACAUAUGGAGUCUUGGCGUCGUAUUAUACUAUUUAUGUUGGCCACCUUCCCUUCCAAGAGACAGUGCACUCCAAGAUAAAGUACCUGAUCCUAUCCCAGAGCUGUUGGAUUCCGUAUCGCCUGUCCCCAGAGCUUCGAUACCUAUUGAAGAGAUUAAUGACUAUAGACCCCAUAAUGAGGCCAUCCAUCAAAGAAAUAUUAGCAGACCCAUGGCUGCAUCAUGAUCAAGACACAUUGAUAUCCUCAGAGGAAAUCCCUAGAGAACCAGAGCCCAACAUUGCUUUUGAAAUGUUUUUGAUGGGGUAUAACAUUCAAGAGCUCAGGGAUGCUUUGAGGGGAAGGAAGUAUAGUCAUGCCAUGGCAACCUACUUAAUAAUCAAAAAGAAGUCUACCUGGCAGCCCCACUUUUAUCAUGAGGGAGGGCAGGGUGGUACACAGGACCCUACAAAAGCUCCCAACCUUCCUUGGCCUUUAAGGAGGGUAAGAAGUGCUCCUAGCCUUCCCACCUUCACUUUGACCGACCUCUCUGAGCUGCCUGGAGAUGGGAGGAAAGGCUCUAAGAGGUGGCACAGUGUGCCUUCCACCCUUUCUUCCCUUAAAAGUAGCUUUCCGGAAAACACCUCCCCACUACAGGGGCUUACGCCUAAUGUUGGGAAGAGCACAAGCAGAGAGAAGCAGGGUAGCAUCAAUUUCACAACUUCAUCAUCAAUAAAAAGAAAGUCAAUAGCAACAGUAACGUCAUCUUCAGGAGCCACAUGCUCACUGUUCACAUCCUCACAAUCCUCAACCUUUGAAAACACACAAGAUGUGGCCAAUGAAAGCUCCGAGUCUACAGACACAAGUAGCAGUACAUCAUCCUGGGAGUCCAGAACUAGCAGCUCCUUCCCCUGUGAGGAGCUCCAAGAAGAGAAUACAGGCACCGUAUGCUUAAAAGACAGCAGCUCAUCCUCCAGGGAAACUUACUAUCAGGAACAAAUCCGAAGGCUGUCCCAGGGUGUGCCCACAGUCCCACCGAGAAGGUGGGGCUGGAAUGGCCUGAAGAAGAGGAUUGCCAAAGCCUUAAGGAGCUUGUGUUGCUGCCUCCCAGUGACAAAUAACAAAAUCGUGCCAGCCAAUGAAGAGUGCUUCAGAGACACAGGCAAAACCAAGUAGGUAGUGUGUGCUGGGAAAGGAUACACUCUCUAGUUCCCUCUUCCCUUACCAUAUUCCAGCAGGCACAUUGAGAGGAUUGGUGCCAUUGGAUCUCUCAUGCCAGAGAGAAAAUCCCAUCCUGUCCUCCUCCUAUGAGGAGUUCUCUAAAUCUUGAGCUACAUGUAGGCAGCAGAGGAUAGUGGCCCAAUGCUAGGCCAGGAUGCUGGAGAAGGUUGGUGAAGGCAUCAAUGGAGCCCUGGGGAGGAAUCAGCCUGAGGUCCCAUGUCAGCGCAGAGCCAGCACAGCCAAGCAUAAGUCCUGCAGAUUUCUACUAACAUUUCUUGUGUCUCUUUCAAGUGCUGUCAAAAUCCCUGGACAAUACCAGAGAUUGGAGAGGAGCCUACUAAGGAUGCAGACAGGAGCAGGGAAGAGAGAGCCACGUAGGAAUUUCAGGUGGCUGUGUGCUACUAGGAAGCUCUGUCUAUAUCACAGGCUGAAAUUACAGGCAAAAUAUUGUUUUUCCCUGAAGUCUGAAGAACAUUCUCGGAAGAAGAUCUGAGUGGUGUUCCCUUUACCCAUCCCCUGUAGGGAAUUCCACACUGGGCAGCAGUCCCAGAAUCGUCGUGGCCCCAUGCAUUAAUCUUCACAGAACUCAGACGUCCCUGGAAGAAACAUCCAUGGAGUGCUGGCAAUUACCAAGGAAACUGAGAAGAAACACUAGACUUCAAAGAACCUUCAUGCAUCCUGAAAUGUCACCUCAGCUGCUUGUCUCCAGAUGCACUUGUGAGCUGAGGAGACAGUGGUCCUGGAGGCAGAAGAAGGAACUCAGAGGACCUGACCUGUUGGAUGUCUCCAAGAGGUAUAUAUGUUACCAGAUUAGAGGCAGCAACAGAAUAGAGAAGCAGUGAGGAUGCAUCUGGAGUCCUGAAGUGAAAACAGAGGGCGCAGAGAAGGCUCAGCUCCACAGUUCUGCUGCAGGCCUCCAUAGUAUCCUGGCUACUGCUCACACACACUGAGAGGUAUCCUGAAACCCUUACAAAGCUACCAACUCUAGUCUCUGAUUGUGCACAUUAAAUUCAAACUUGAGU